AUGGAUUAAAACACAUUUGGAUUAAUUAAACAAAUAUAUAAUGCGGAUUAAAUUAUUCGCAUCAGCGCUUUGAAUGAACUCAAAACAAUCUUUAGGGAUAUUACAAAAAUCAAAUAAGGAUUUGAAUAAUUGCUUUUACCAUGGGAAGAUUAAAAUCUGAGAUUACAAUACUUUAUAUUUUUGAAAAGUAACAUUACAGAGAAUUAUGAAUGCUCCCCCAAUUAUAUUCAAAAGGAGAUUUAGAUUAUCAUCUAGGAUUUCAUGAAUAAUGUUGACUCAUAUUUACUUCCAUUUUAUUGCGAUUUACUAAACUUUAUAAUCGAAAAGACAUUGCCAUCAAUAAGCAUUAUCUAAUUCAUCAUAUCUCAAAAUACAUAUAGUAGUAUUCACAUUAAAAUAAUUACAGAAAUGAUGAACAAUCGUUUCAUCAAAGUUAAAAUCCUAGCUGCAGAUUUCCUAACUAUCACUAGAACUAUGAUUUUGUAUUACGAUUUGAAAGAUAUUCAAAAACUGAAUCUUCUGGCUGAUCUCUAUGUUUCUUUAAUUUAACCAAUUAAUAAAUUUGAUGAGAACACCAAGAGUAUAAUCAAUCAUCAAUUUUGUGAAAUCUUGACAUAUCAUUGUCUUGAAUAUGAAUUAUUGAGAAAGUUCGCUAAAGUAGUUUACAAAUCAAACAAGUACGGCUUACCUCCAAUAGAGAUUCAAACAAUGUUAUUCGAUAUAUUGAUGUCUACUUAUAUGUAGAAUGAAAAUCAGAGAAUCACUGAUAAAUAUUUAGCUUACCAAAUAAUGAAGGUCUUCAAGCAAUUGUUGUCUGAUAGGUUAAUCGAAGAAUGGAAAUAAGAAUCUAUCAUUUUUUAUGCGAUGGUCAAUUUAAUUAUGCUAGAUUAUAGAUAAUAUGAAAAUCAAUUCAAUAGAAUUGGAGAUGAUGAUUCAGAAGAUUAUCUAUUGAUAAAAGUAAGAUAAUACGGUGCUGACUUUAUUCAUCAUGUAGCUGGAUAUUUCUCAGAGGACACAAUGUUGAAAUAACUCUUUCGUUUGAAAGAUUUAAUCAACGAUGACCAAUAACAUGAAGAAUUCAAUUGCAUUAAACUAGAGGCCCAUUAUUUUGUAAUAUGCGAGAAUAUUUCUUCCAUCCCCAUGCAUAUGUUUGAUGAAAAGUUCCUAGCGGAGAUAAUUUAAAUACUGAAAAUCAAAGAAAGCAUGUACAUCCCUUUGAAGAUGCAAAUACUUAAUUUGUUGAGAAAGUUGUUGGAGAAAAAAGCCAUAAGGAAAUAAGAUUUUAAUAUUGUGAUCUCCACUCUACAAGAUUAAUUUAAUGCAAAUUUAAUUACGACCCCUGUCUACAUCUGCAAAAUUGUUAACAAUCUUAUUUAUCUGCACUCUUUGUAUCCAUCCAAAAAAUUAAUUACACAUCAAACAUUUGCUGAUCUCAAGACAUUAUAUCAACUCUAAACUAAACUUAUACACAAAGAAAAUAUUUUAAAGACUCUUUGUGAAAUACUCAGAUUAGAAUAAGGAGAUUAUUCUGUUUUAUUAUUAAUUGAGACUGAAUGGAAUCUAGCAAAGUAAGAGUAACAUUUAUAUAAAUAUCAAGAAAAAAUGAUAUUGAAUGUAUUUGAAUUCAUUAUUGAAGAUUGGCCUAUUAAUCUUCUAAAUACAAUAUUUAAUGGCCUUCUUAAAAUGGUAAAAGAUUGCAUAAAUAGGAAUCACCAUUUGAACCAAAGUUUGUCUGUUCUCUCUCUACUUUUGAAAAAGUAUUUACCAACUUAUCCAAUCAAAUACGACCAGAUCUUAGCAGACUUUAUAUAAAUCUAAAAAGACUUUGAAAUUAUUCUAUUAGAUGAGCCAGAUUAAUUUAAUCAGAUACUUGAAUUGUAUUAUUUAAUGUUGCUGCACGAUAUUGCAGAUUACAAUUUGACAUUUUAAUUUCUCAUCUAGAAGACUAAAUAUUUAUAGAAGGGCCUUUAAUUAUCUUUACUUUGUCUGCUUUGUACUAACCUCAAGUAAGGAUAACUGCAAAAUUGUAUUAUUGAAUUUUAUGCUAAUAUCCUCUAGUCAGCAAUAUAUGAUGAAGGUAGAGCUUAUAGCGAAUUAAUUUGUGGAUUAGCGAUUCUUGAUCUAAAUCAAUACGAUAUUAAGGAUCUACUAAUGCAAAUCUAGGAAAAAGUACCUAACAAAAUGAUUUUCACUAUGAUAAGCAAUGCUACAAAAUGUAUCCAAUAUAAUAUGCCCUACUAUUUGAAUUAUUUGAUAAGCUUCUUUAAGACUAUAUUGACUAAAUAGCAUCUUCUAUUUGAUAUGGAAUAUAUUUCAAUAGAAUCCAAUAAUACAUAAAAUUUGAAGCAAUAUAUCUCCAAAAUGAAAUCCUAUCUAAUUCCAAAUGCUUUUUCAUUGGAAUCAUAAAUUUUAAGAAUUUUUGAUACUAAAUACUCUACUAAACUUGAUUUAUGCUAAGAAAUUGUUCGAAAAUUGAGAAUCGACGUUACCAAAUUGCAGAUUUAAACUGAGGAACAAAUGGCAAUGGAGAAUAUUCAUAUUAGUUGAUUUAUUAAAUAUAUUAUAUAUAAGUUAAAUAUCAAUUUAGGAAUGAA